AUGCUUCCCAGCGGCAUCGCCCUGGGCCUCCGCCUGGGCAUUGCCCCACGCCCAUGUCGUCUCAGACUCUCACCGCGAGCACUGCGAGUAAACUCGUCGGUCGGUCGUGUCGGCUUGGGUCUCAGGUUUAACAGCUCGGUGCCUCAGAAGUCGACCAAGUCGGAUGAACAAACAAAGUCCGCCGUCGCGGAGGCCAACGAGGAGCCGCGAAAGGGCAUCUUUAGCAGGAUCUCGUCUGCUCUGUCGCUGAAGAAUGUUGGACCACAGGAUACGAGCGAGACUGGCCAGAGCUCGGUCAAGCAGCUGUUUCAGCUUGCCAAGCCGGAGCGCAAGACGCUCGGCAUCGCUGUCGGUCUCCUCUGUAUCUCGUCCUCAGUCUCCAUGCUUGUCCCGCUUACGAUUGGUAAACUCAUCGACUUUUUCUCAUCCCAUGCUACCACCUUCCUCGGAAUGUCCUUCCCCGUCGCCGCCACGCUGCUGACGACUGCGUUCUUCGUCGGUGCAACUGCGAACGCUGGUCGUGUUGUUCUUAUGCGAACCGCGGGUCAGCGCAUCAUCGCGCGCAUCCGUAACGCAGCCUAUGACUCGACCCUGCGUCAGGAGCCAGAGUUUGCUUCCCGUUCCGCGGGUGAUAUUGUCUCUCGCCUGAACGCCGACGCCAACAUUCUCGGAGACUCGGUCACGUCCAACUUGUCUGACGGUCUGCGCGCCAUCAUCUCAGCCACGGUCGGCAUCUGCGCCAUGUUCUGGAUCUCGUCCCAGCUGACGCUGAUCAUGCUCUGCGUCGUGCCGCCAAUCUCGAUCGGUGCUGUCGUGUACGGCAAGUACCUCCGGAAGCUGAGCAAGAUGACGCAGGAGUCGCUCGGUGACAUGUCCAAGACGGCCGAGGAGAAGCUGAAUGCGUUCAAGACGGUGACGGCGUACAACGCCCAGCCGCUUGAGGCCAAGAGCUUUGCGCAAAAGGUCAACAACGUCUUCCAGCUGAGCAAGCGCGAGGCGCUCGCUUCCGGUAUCUUCUUUGGCGCGACUGGUCUUACGGGAAACCUCGCCAUGCUCUGCCUGCUUUCCUACGGUGGCCACCUCGUCAGCACCGGCGCCAUCACCGUCGGUGACCUGACGUCGCUCCUGAUCUACAGUGGCUACGUUGGCUCGUCAGUCUCCGGCCUGACGUCCUUCUUCUCGGGCAUCAUGAAGGGUGUCGGCGCGGGCAGCCGUGUUUUCCACCUGAUCGACCGUCAGAGCGAGAUCCCGCUCGGUGUCGGCCAGACCCUGUCGAGCGUGCGCAACGGCCCGAUCGAGUUCGAGAACGUCCGCUUCACCUACCCGUCCCGCAAGGAGGUCGAGGUGCUCCGUGGUAUCAACCUGAAGGUGGAGCCUGGCACGUCUGUCGCGCUUGUCGGCACCUCUGGCUCUGGCAAGUCGUCCAUUCUCACCCUUCUCGACCGCUUCUACGACCCCUCCCACGGCCGUAUCACGUUUGACGGCACGGACAUCAAGAACUUUACGCCGGAGAGCUGGCGCGCGCGCCUCGGUGUCGUGUUCCAGGACCCGAUCCUGUUCGAGGGCACUGUCGCGCAGAACAUUGCGUACGGCCAUCCGAACGCGACCCGGGAGGAGAUCGAGGAAGCUGCCCGCGCGGCCAACUGCAACUUUAUCUGGGACCUGCCGCAGGGCUUUGACACGAUGCUGGGCAAGGCGUCGCUCUCGGGCGGGCAAAAACAGCGGAUCUCCAUCGCGCGUGCGCUUGUUGGCAACCCCAGCGUUCUGCUGCUGGACGAGGCGACGUCCGCCCUCGACUCUGGAUCCGAGGACAGCGUAAACAGUGCCAUCGACGAUAUCAUUCACCAGAAGAACAUCACGGUCGUGCUCGCCGCGCACCGCCUGUCUUCCAUUGCCCGUGCGGAGCGCGUCGUCGUGCUCGAGAAUGGCGUGGUCUCGGAAGAGGGCACGUACAAGGAGCUCGCAAAGGAUGAAAAGUCGCGCUUCCGCCACCUCAUGGCGGCCCAGCUGCUGUUGGAGCAGGGCAAGGAGAAGGAGCAGGACGCCAAGGAGAUGGCCCGGGUGGAGCGCGCGUAG